AUGGUCAUACCUCCCGCCCCCCGCCCGGUAGCAGUUACACGUCAACCCUCGCAACCCAUCUUCCUUGGCUUUUUGCGCAAAUUCCUCCUUUCCUCUCGUAUGGACACAGUUUGUCCUAUUCGGAUAAAUGAACCCCAUAAUCCCUUGGAUUUCCCCGCUACAGGACCCUUGCCUCGCUCAAUUGUAGAUCACCACGACAAUUUUCUCCCACCCACCAUUCAAUCCUCUUCCCCUACUUCCACAUCCAUCAAAUCCCUCCUACGCAGCCUGUCAACCUGGCGGCCCCUUCAGACAGGUCAUGGAUUGCCGGCUAUCGUCGAUACUCCUCUUGCACAUGGUCAGAACGUUGCAGCAGGUGGUACACACCACAAAGAUGAUGAAUGGAUAACUGAGGAAGAGUAUGUCUCUUCUCAUCCUCCGCAUAAUCCAGAUUCACAACAGCAGACAACAGCAGGGCAGAAAAAGAUUGAUUCAGGAGAGCAUGGAAGCAAUCGGUUUUGUUUUUGCUUUUAG